AUGCAGGUGGAUGCGGCAUCGGAUUUCCCUGCCGCUCUUCCAACACUUUGCGAUGACUUUGAGGCCUGCAGUCUGACGAAUAGUACAUUUACUGUGGGAUGGAUCUGCGCUUUGGCAAUCGAGCUUACCGCGUCUGUGGCGAUGCUUGAUGAAAGAUUUCCAAGCCUCCCGCAGAGUCUAGGUGAUUCAAAUACCUAUACUCUAGGGCGGAUUGGGGACCAUAAUGUUGUUUUGGCCUGCCUUCCAGCAGGGACAACAGGCACAAAUGCUGCGGCGACGGCAGCUACCAAUAUGAUGCGCAGCUUUCCGAAUAUUCGCUUUGGCUUGAUGGUAGGCAUUGGAGGAGGAGCUCCAGCCAAGCCCAGCAACAAUCCGCGCGACGAUAUCCGGCUUGGGGACGUGGUUGUUAGCUGUCCUACAGUUGAUUCUGGCGGCGUCCUGCAAUAUGACUUUGGCAAAACCAUGAGCGAGGGCAAAUUCGUUCAAACGGGCGUACUAAACAAGACAUCCCUGGCAUUGAGGACUGGUGUUUCAGCAUUGCGAGCCCAUCAUGGGAUGGAAGAUAGCCAAAUCCCUCAAUUUAUUGCUUCCAUCCUCCAGUCCAACGAGAAGAUGCGCGAAGAAUUUAGUCACCCAGGCCUAGAGCACGAUCAGUUAUUCCGGGAGGACUACAAUCAUAUUGAAGGUCAAUCAAGCUGUGAUACUUGUGACAAAGAAUUUCUACUGGUUCGCAAACCUCGCGCAGAUACGCACCCUGUUGUCCAUUAUGGCCUCAUUGGUUCAGCCAAUCAAGUGAUGAAGCAUGGCAUAACUCGAGAGAGGCUCCGGCAAGAAAAGGGUAUUCUCUGCUUUGAGAUGGAAGCCGCGGGACUCAUGGAUAUUCUCCCUUGCCUCGUCAUUCGGGGCAUUUGCGAUUAUGCGGACUCACAUAAAAACAAGAGCUGGCAGCCAUAUGCAGCGGCGGCCGCUGCUGCAUACGCCAAAGAAAUACUAUGGCUCAUUCCUGCAGUUGAAGUAGCCUCAAUCGCUCUUAGCGCUACUACUAAACUUGUAUGUGUAUCAUGA